AUGCGGGAAUCAUUCUUGCUGUUAGUGAUCUGCGAGUUUAGUGCCAAAACGCAUGAUCGCAUCGGCAAGCCUGGUGCGUUCCAGCCUGGGUUUUUUCCAGCUAAGAAAUACGAUGUGAAGACGUUGGCCAAGGUCUGUGUUGCCUAUCUAUCGAGUGGUCUCACAGUUACAAAUGCGGUCGGUCUGCUGGACCAGGCUUACUUUUUCGAUGAGCCUUUUCUGGUACAGCGUUGCUGGAAAACUAUUGAUACAAAUACCGACGAAGCACUGAGCUCACCAGGCAAGCACUCUUCAAUGCUAUACGAGUAUAGACUGUCCAAAUGA